AUAUAAAACACGAGUUUUAUAUAACAAGUCAGAGGAAUUGUUGGUUACAAUACAAUCACGACAAGCUGUUGGUGCUGUAAAAGCGCUGUAGGUCCUUCUGAUCAGGGCCGGCCUGGGUCUCAACUCGCUGUUGACAGUUAGAAUAGUAGAAUACACACGGUGAAAUUUGGUAGCGCAUCAGCAGAUUUCCUCUUAAACCAGUCACUGAUAGUCACUCAAUUUACCCAUGUCAACGACAUUUUUUUAAAUAUUGGUAAAUUAGUCUCUAAUCAGCUAUCUGAAAAAUACACAUUUUCCACCGGCAAGAGAGGGGCCACUUAAAGAAUGUGCCUGCAAGGUGCCACCCCAGCCCUGGCUCUGAACGUAAACAGGAAAUGACAUAUAUAAAAGAUGCUACAUAUAGUCUGGUACUAAUUAUUUGACUUCCUAUUCUUUGUCCAUUAGGACCUCUGCCCUGACAGUAUAGGCUCAGGCUGAGGCGACACAGUAACCAUCUGCCAUUAUGACCAAGUCUCUAAGCAUCAUACUAAAGAAUGGUGCAGGCAGGGGCAAGGAACAUGUAUCGUGUGAGCUGCUGGCUGACACAAAGUUUCAAGAGGGAAAGGCGUUUUUUUAAAAUCAGGGAUGAUAGAUCGGUGGGGAUUCUCCAUGUCACUAUGAUUAACCUGACGGCAGAGGAUGAGGUCUUGUAUCAUCUGUAUGUUGUAUCACUUUACAGGAAGGAUGGCUACCACCACUUUAUCUCUAUGUCAAACCAGGGGAAGGUUUUGGGGUAUGUUUGUGUGUGUGUGUGUGUGUGGUGACACUCCUAUUUUGUCAUGUUGAUGGACAGAAAAUGUUUUGAGUACAUUCAGGCUUCCAUACUAACACUCUAUCCCCAGUAGGUCCCAACCACAGCCAAGGAGAGCCAGCCACAGCCAAGGAGAGCCAGCCACAGCCAAGGAGAGCCAGCCACAGCCAAGGAGAGCCAAGGAGAGCCAACCAGAGCCAAGGAGAGCCAAGGAGAGCCAACCAGAGCCAACCAGGGCCAAGGAGAGCCAACCAGGGCCAAGGAGAGCCAACCAGGGCCAAGGAGAGCCAACCAGAGCCAAGGAGAGCCAACCAGAGCCAACCAGAGCCAAGGAGAGCCAAACAGAGCCAUGGUAUUGGUAAGAACGUGAUCUGCGACCGCACCGCCACUCCCCUGGAUGCCUUCCGCAUGAUGUCGGCCGCCCAGUACUACCCCAAACUGCUGAGCGUCAUGGCUAACGUGCUGCGCUUCCUGCCCGCCUUCGUACGGAUGAAGGAGCUCGUGGAGGAGGGCUACGUGGGGGAGUUGCUGGUCUGCGAGGCCCAGGUCCACAGCAGCAGCCUGUUGGGUAAGAAGUACAACUGGAGCUGUGACGACCUGAUGGGAGGUGGGGGGCUGCACUCGGUGGGUACCUACAUCAUCGACCUGCUCACCUUCCUGACGGGCCAGCGGGCGGCCAAAGUGCACGGCUUCCUCAAGACAUUCGUCAAGCAGACGGCGCACAUCUGUGGCAUCCGCCAGAUCACCAGCGACGACUUCUGCACCUUCCAGAUGGUGCUGGAGGGCGGCGCCUGCUGCACCGUCACGCUCAACUUCAACGUGCCCGGCGACUUCCGCCAGGAGGUGAUCGUGGUGGGCACGGUGGGCCGGCUGACCGUCAGCGGCACGGACCUGUACGGACAGAAGAACACCAUGGAUGGAGGGCCGGAGCUACUUCUGAAGGACAGCACCCCUCUGGAGAAGGCCUCCCUACCGGAGAAGGCUUUCAGCGACAUCCCCUCACCCUACCUGACAGGAACUAUUUGCAUGGUGCAGGCGGUGCGGCAGGCCUUCGAGGACCAGGAUGACCGGCGCACAUGGGAUGGAAGGCCGCUGACUAUGGCGGCCACCUUCGAGGACUGCCUGUACGCACUGUGCGUGGUGGACACCAUCAAGAAGUCCAACCAGUGCGGCGAAUGGCAGAACAUUGAGGUGAUGAAAGAGGAGCCCGAGGUGAGCCCGGCCUACCUGAUCAGUGAGGCCAUGCGGCGCAGCAGGAUGUCUCUCUACUGCUAGCACUGGCACCAAAAUGGCCGACUGGUGCUAGUGACUGGGGGUGAGAGAGUGCCCUCAUUGGCUGGCUGUCUGACCAAUAGGGGAUAAGGGUCCUGUUUCGCUUGUCCCCAAAAUGAUGUGAACAGUGAUGAACACUCCUCUCUCUCUGUCCUCUUUUCUGGAUGAAUAAGCCUCACGCUGUGUGUCUGAGAAAGGGAAGCCGUUUCUAUGGAUGCUAGACUCGGGGGUCAACAGAGGGGUUUUAUUGUACCUCCUAGAGAGGUGAAUGUUUAAACCACAGGGGGCUUGAAUGGUUCAGUCCCUGUCUCAGUGUGUGUGUGCUGUGUAUGUAUGAGUGUGAAACCGGAGUGCAAAAAACGCCUGAAAAAUCUAUAGUUUGGCUGGUAGGGCUUUUAGUGAGGGCCUCCCCCUCUGGUAAAGUGUGCAAUAAAUCCUGCCAUAGUUGCAGGCUCGUGGAAUUAUGUCAUCCUGCCAGAGCUGCAGGCUCGUGGAAUUAUGUCAUCCUGCCAGAGCUGCAGGCUCGUGGAAUUAUGUCAUCCUGCCAGAGCUGCAGGCUCGUGGAAUUAUGUCAUCCUGCCUGAAUCAAAGGGGAUACCCUGUUUGCCUGCUUCUCGUUUUUGUAGUAACGUCCUUAUGCAAUAGACAGACACACAGUCUGUGGAUGGCGACUCAAUCCCGUGCUAUGCUGUGAGUAAAGCCAAGUGUUUUUCUAUCUCAAGGUCAUUCCCGUUGCUUAGCUAGCCAGCUAGGUUAGCAUUUUGCAUGCGCUAAAGCUUCUUACACAAUAGCGACAAUGUAGGUUAAAACAAUCAGUACUAACCUCUGGGUUAGUGCACGGAUGGGACACUAGCAAGCAUCAAGUUAAAACAAUCAGUACUAACCUCUGGGUUAGUGCACGGAUGGGACACUAGCAAGCAUCAAGCCUCCGGACAAACAGCCUUUAAGACUAGGAACGCUUUGCUUGGCUACCGGUUUGUGUGAAUGUGUAACUUAGUGCUGCUACCUGAAGAACAUGAGUUCAUUAGCUUUCUUUGAGAGAAGAGCACUGAUGGUCAUGUUACUCAUCACUAUCCACACAGGUUACAGGAGAUAAUGGUAGUAGCACAUAUUGACCUACAAGCCAAAACAUAUUUUUGUAUUUUAUUCAAGCGCUAUCUUAUUGUUUUCCUAUUGUUGAUUAUGCGAUGUAGGCUUAUGUCUUGUAUAAAACAAAAAGUGAAUUGUUUAAAAUUAGUCAUGAUAUAAAUGUAGUUUUUUUGUAUUUUAUUUGUUGUUAAAACUGCGGUGCAAAAAGACUGGAGCAUGUUUUGAUGAACACACUGUUCAGUAUAAAAGUAUUCAUUUUGCGUUUUGGACUGAUCUGUACUGGAUGGUGUCUAGUUAGUGGGAGACAGGUGAGGUGAGAGAGAGAGGCCUUUGAGCGUUCAGCUCCUACGUGCGUUGGUCCUGUCUGUGGGAUCUCUGAGGAAAAUGACUAUUUUGGUUUGGAGUUAUAGAAACCUUUUUGACACGUGGUCCUCAUUUGUAUUCCAUUUUUGAUAGGUGCAGAAAAUCUAUCAACUUCCCUUAGGGCUCAACAAGCACACUUUGUUAGUGCUCAACAAGCACACUUUGUAGCUAUUCAAAAGAUAUCAUCUGUCCAGUCAGUCACCCAUUGGGCACACACUGGUUGAAUCAAUGUUGUUUCCAAAUCAUUUCAAUGAAAUUACGUUGAACCAACAUUGACUUGACAUCCGUGCCAAGUGGGAUGCCUUCGCCUAUUCAAUAAAACCUGGAACUGUGAUAUUGAUUUAGAAUUUUGGUCGACGUUCUCAGUUCUGGACAUUCCAGGGCCUAUAUUCACAGGGUGUCUCAGAGUAAGAGUGCUGAUCUAGGAUCAGGUCAAUCCCUGUCUUAUUCGUUAUGAUCUGAAAGGUAAAACUGAUCCUAGAUGUUUUGUGAAUACGGGCCUUGGUCUCAUAAAGAGUUGCGGUCUUCAGUGUAAGAAUCCCUGUUGCAUGUUGGCCUUUCCGAUCGUCAGUAAGCGAGAAGGAGAGAUUCAAGAUCCAGUCUUGGUAUUAUGUACUUGACCAUCCUAAUUCUUUAUCCAAUUCUCAGUUAGUCCCCUCUGUUCCUAAGCUGGGUCUGUGGCCUUGUUCCAAACCAUGCACCUCUAAAGCUGCACCCAGAGAGGAAGUCUGUGAGGAUUCCCUUUUGAGGCCUUAUAGGGAGGAGGUGUUAGGAACUAUGGUUUAGUCCCCAGUCUUCCAGUCCAGGAUGGAGCCCGAUUCGCUUUAUUAGAUCAAAUCAAACCGAUGAACUUGACCGUGAAGAUCGCUAACGCGUCACAUUAAACGUGACAGCGCUAAAUCAGACAUCUUAUCAGAAUCUAUGAAGGACAGAAAGGAUCCAAGUAGAGUCCGAUUAGCGGUUUAAUCUGGCACACCGGCGUAUUUAGCCGUAAGCCUACAUCUUGAUGAGGUGCUCUAGAUGCCAUUUCCUUCAACAUUUUUUAGGCCAGUUGAUGAAAAUUGAGUUUGGGUAUUUAAGUGGUUGAAUAUUUAAUGUGUGAAAUUAGAAAUUAAUGUUGUGGAAGAUUUCAUGCAUUUGGUGUUCCCUGACUAAUUUGUACAUUUUAAUUUAAUGUCUCCAUGCAAUUUUAUUAUUUUUAUUUUUUGCUUUUUAUAAAGUGAACGUUUCAGGUCACAGCCAAUGUUGGUUAAGUUCUAUGAUAAAAUGGACAACUGCUGUACCACAUCAAACUGCAACAACUGAGAUUGUAAUAUUGUAGUGUGUGUGUCUAUAGCUGUACCCGAAGGUGCACUGUAGUUUCUCCUUUGACUGUACGCCCCCUUCUCUGCGGGACUGUGGUAUGACAAAAGAAAAGACGAGUCAUAUUGCCAAUUCCUUAUUGUCAUUGCCUGUGGCUUUUUAGGGUGCAUCCUCUUGGCUUAAAAAAAAAGACACUGUAAACAU